AGAGUCUGCAGCUGGAGCGGGAGAUGUGUUUGGCUUCAAACUGCACCCUGGCCAGGGUGAACCUCUCCCUGCGCCCACGGCUGGAGGACGGGAAGGCUUCCUUAGCCAUCAAGUACCAGGAGCUGCGGGAGAUACGAGAGGCUUGUUGGGACAAGCAGCAGCGCCUGGAGGCAUACCUGGAGAAUUGGAGCCCGCAGAGCGCCCUGGGCCAGCUCCAAGCCAAGCUCGAUGCCUCCGAGGCAGAGUCGGAGGCACAGAUAGAGCAGUUCCUGGCCCAGGACCUGCCCCUCGGUUCCUUUCUGGAGUCCUUCUGCCAGAGCCGCACACGCUCCCACAUCUGCCGGACACAGCUGGAGAAACUGCAGGAGCUGCUGCAGAAGGACCAGGUGGGCAGGGACCCUGCGGGCCCCGCGGGGCACCCAGGUGCCCUGGCUAGCCCGGCACGAGGCCGCCUUGCCCCGUUGCGGAGUGGAUUAGCCCCCAAAGCCUUCGAUCUCUCCUAUGGCUUUGUGCCCGCCUUUCUCAUCCCCUCGGAGGCUGUUGUGCCCUUUGCCGUGCCGGCUGCACCUCCCAGACACCAUCUCCCAGCCCUGGAACACCAGCCAGCAUCUCCCUGCUCCAAAAUUCCCAGCCCGGGCUCGCCUUUGCGCCUCGUCGGACACAUCCCCCUGCUCAGCCCCCAGCCCCUCCGCAGGCAGCAGUGGCCACGACACCAGAAGCAGGAGCCUCCACACCGGUAG